CAAUACAUCAUCUCUUUGAGAAGUAGUGCGCUCGAUUACGGAGGGUGGUACGACGUCUUAAAAUUUUGUGAAGACACUUAUAAAUUCACGACCUAAUAUCUCACGUGUUGCAAGAUAAACCGUUACAGAUUUCACAUUUAUAUCAUCUGUGGUGAAAAAUAUCACCAGUCAUCUGUGAUCACGUGUUGAAGGGUUAACCAGGGCAGUUGCUACAUCUCAUCAUCAAUGGCUGGGCGCGGUGGAACACAGAGACCUAACGGUGCAACACAAGGCAAAAUAUGUCAGUUCAAACUAGUCUUAUUGGGUGAAUCGGCAGUGGGCAAAUCGUCACUCGUGCUACGAUUUGUCAAAGGCCAGUUUCACGAAUAUCAGGAGAGCACCAUAGGCGCUGCAUUUCUAACACAGACAGUAUGCCUCGAUGAUACCACUGUUAAAUUUGAAAUUUGGGAUACAGCCGGACAGGAACGAUAUCAUAGUUUAGCACCGAUGUACUACAGAGGAGCUCAGGCCGCCAUUGUCGUCUAUGAUAUCACAAAUCAUGACACAUUUGGCCGUGCGAAAACUUGGGUGAAAGAAUUACAGAGACAAGCGAGUCCUAAUAUAGUCAUAGCCCUUGCUGGUAACAAGUCUGACUUAGCCAAUAAACGUAUGGUAGACUAUGAAGAAGCCCAAGCAUAUGCAGAAGAAAACAGUUUAUUAUUCAUGGAAACGUCUGCAAAAACAGCUAUGAAUGUUAAUGACUUAUUUUUGGCAAUAGCCAAGAAACUUCCUAAAAAUGAACCUGGCAGGCCACAACGGGAGGGCGGAAACGUGGUUUUAGACAAUGGUGGCACGACUCAAUCAACAUCCUGUUGCAAGUGAUACAAUCGAACGUGCUUCGUGUCCCGCUAUCAAAGACACUGCUGUUGGUCCAGCACAGAACAAAAUCUUCAUUCUAUCGUUACCAAGGCCAGCACAGUGACUUCUCAACUGGUUGUUUCAUUCAACAUCUACAGUCAUCUACUGUUGACAAUGGGUCACUGGGGGAUGAAUGAUUUCUCAUUCCUGUGUUGAGGUUGCUAAGCAACCCUGGGUGUCCCAAGUUUGCAAUGGCAACUGAUGCAGUUGCUAGGCGACCAUGAUGUUGCUAGGUUCAUCACUAGGUGUCAAUUUCACUUGUGGCCAGAUAUAGACUGGUGUCACAAAUCAAAACUGUCAAGUCUUGAAAGCAAGUUGCAUUCAUGAGACUGGCGCAGGAUGAUAGGGUGCAGUUAUCAUGUGGUGUGAUAUGUGAUGCAUUUGGUCACCGCAAUUUCCAGGGUCUCACCUUGAUAGAUGACAGAGCAAUCUGUGUUUGGACCAACUAGACGAAGUGAACAACAGUCUGUAGGAAAAUCUAACUUCCCGAAUCACAGAUUUAGGUAUUACCAAAUUAGUUUCCAUGAACUGUGAAUUGUACAAAUUUUCAAUGUUUAAGGUUCAAUAGAUUGCUGUUAGAUUUUCUUACAGGCCUGCUCAUAUAUGAAGCCGGAAUGUAAUUGGAGCUUGGCCACCUCUGUCUGAGAGUUGGGAAAUGCUAGUUUUGUGCAAAUCACAUGCAACAAAUGAAAUGAGAUGGAGGUUCACUGACAUGUCUGGCAGUAUUUCUCUGAGCGCUAUUCCUGGGGCUAGCGAACUCUGUACAUGGAGGAAGUGCCCUUAUGUGCUGCCACUAGAGAACUUGCGAUGUUUUCAAAAUGAUGUGUAUUGUUGCCUGAUUGUGCAAGAUUUGAUCAUGUCGAGAAUCGAAAGUCCUCUUGGGACUAAAUCACUUCAUGAUUUCACCAAGCCACAGCUCGCCCACACUAUAAGACUUGUACAGAUAACAUUAGCCAUGUCAUUGACUUCGGGUGCAGUUAAUAUAAGUUGUUUGAAUACACCGCUGCCGUGCACAAGGCAUCUGUUGGAUUGCAUGGCUAAAUCUAUUUAUUCUUAGCACUGUACAGACUGUAAUAUAAUAUACCAUUUUACUUUGGCUUCUCUUGACAGGGGUCAUUUGGUUCAUGUUGUAAGUGAACGGUCGCAUUCCUGCCAUGGCUGGACAGGAUAACAUGAUCAGUGGGGGUUCAGCUGCAGGGAAUGGGUAAAGGAGGAGAGAUGUUGUCACAGUUAGUGUUGGAGGACACGCUACUUUAUGUUUACAUUCUGAGAAGAAAAGUUGCAACUGUGAAAUCAUCCUCCUUUCUGUGGUUUUCACUUGGGGGCCUAAAUUGGCCUUGGCCUGUGUUGCAACUUUGUGCAACUGCUAGGACGGUCACUAAGCCAAAUAUUAAUAAUGAUGAUGAUGAUGAUGAUGAUGAUGAUGAUGAUGAAUUUUGCUCAUUCGUUUUCAUUUCCCGACUGCACAACAUGUGCAGCACCUUCAGCUUUUGCCCAUUCUAAGCAGUUAGUUUAGGCCUAGAUAAUGUAGUGUUUGUGGCACAGUAAUAAGAGUGCCAUGAAACUGGCCAAGUACUAUGUGAUUAUCAGAUGAUUUUUAUACGUAGUACAAAUAAUUACAUUGUCAUUGAUGUGUAUCAAAUUAUGUCGAAUUUCAGAUCAUGUGUUCUCAGAAACUGCAUAUAUUAUUCACUGUUUAUGAUUGAAUGGGUGCCACCUGGUGGCACACCUGAUCAUUAGGCUAUGACUGUACAAAUGAUAUGUACAGGGGCUUUUUGUACAGCUUGAUUCUAAUUACAGGCUAUAGCUCGAUGUCGAUGAUUAUGUGCAAAUUUGUGUAUAAAACUGAUAAUGCUGUAGAGCUUUUUAUUCUGGCCUUAAGGUGGCGCAUCUUGGUAUUUGGGGACAUCCUGUCAACGGCUUUGGUAUUGACCCUUCACGGAAACAACACAGGUUGCCAUGGUGAUGACACGGUUGUUUGUGAGUUGAAAGAUGUAUGGUAGAAUAGAAUCUCAAGGCUGGAGUUGCAUAAUGAUAAUUGCAGCCAAACUAUAAUUCAGUGGGUGUUUUCAAAAUAGUGGUUAAUUUUUUAACUUUUACAAAAAAUAAACCACUAAAUUGGCCUUGAAGUGUGCAUGCAAUGAUAUGUUUGAGGAUUCUGUGUAAGUUUGUGAAUCCAUAUCUCUGCACUGCUCCAUGGACACGUGUUGUUUGCUGGCGGGUUAAACCUGGUCGAAUAUGAAGCUUGGUAAGAAACGUUGCUGGCCAUUCGUACUUAGCAAACACCACAUCUCUUUAUCUGACUUGCCUUUCUAAUCUUGUGAGGUGUCAUUGAUCAAUGAUCCCUUGCAAGAUUAGAAAGAUAAGAUGGUCAGCAAUCUAAGUGAUUUCCAAGAACCAGAACCUAUUAUCAGAAAGGUGCUGCUUGAGACCAAAGGGAUGGGGGGGGGGGGGGGUUAGAAGCCACUCUUGGUAUGCUUGUGUUCAGUGUUUGCUCCUCGGAAAGAGAAUUGUUGGGGAAGGACAUAGUAACCAGAGCUAAAUUCUUGUAAACAUUGUAUGAGGUGAAAUUUGAUUUCUCGUUAAAAAAAAAGUAACUUUUCCAGUCUCUUUAAGAUUUGCUACGAUUGUUCAGCUUGAGUGAGUUUAAGUGCCAAAUGUUUGUGGUCCAAGACAGUGUACAGGAGAAGGGUUGGCUCAUUUAUUUGGUGUCUCUAAGAUAUCAUUUAUUUAUAUUUGUGUGUAAAAUAUUGUGCUUUGUUUUUUGGGUGCCUUUUCUGAAACUCGACGACCCAUGUUUUAAUAGAUGAUUUCAACCACAGCCUUCUGUGGGUUCUUCACACUGGUGUAGUCACACUGUAUUCACCAUCGUCAGUUGGUCUAACUAAUGUGAAAACAGUACUUGAUUCAGGAUGUGUAAAUUGGAACACCUGUGGCCAUGUCUCCAUCCAUGGGAAGCUCGACUUCACUUUCAAUAGGAUUGUCUCUCCUAAACGUUUAGAGACAGCUACUGACAAUACCUUGCUCCUGUCUUAAUUGGUUGGGCUUCUUUUCUCAUCCUGAUGUCAGCCCCAACUAAACCUCGACCUUUCCAUCUGCGUUGUUUGCUUUCAUUGCUUGAGAUUUGAGAGUGCAUGUGAUCACCUUGAGAUUGUUUGUCUUCUGUUGUGAGUGUUAUCAGACAGUUUGCCCAUCUCGACCUCAGUUGAAAGAGGGAGACGUGCUCAAUCAACAUUCCACACAAAACAGAAGACUCAGUUGAACAAAAUGGCAUUGGCGGGUUGUCAUCGUCACCUUCCCUCGGCACUGUGGUUGAAUGAGUGAUCACUUGGCUAGGGAAACAACCUCUUGGUGAAGACAUCACUUCUACCCUGUUUCUGACGCAUUCCAUGUCAUACAACGUAAUCACCUUUUGUAUGUAUACAGGCUACGCUUAGCUAGUUUUCUAGUGAUGGUUAUAUUCAGGAUGUCUAGUAGAAUUCCUAUUAUUUCAUUGCUUUUCAAAUAAAAAAUCCUUGAAAAUGUGACUGUAAGUGAAGAGGCAAAUGUUGUUCAUGUUUGAAUACUUUGCACAAUGUUGGGGGUGACUUUAUGAAAUGAAGCUGAAGUAUGAGGCAAUGCUUAGUGAAUGUAAGAAACAGACCUGUGUUUUCAUCAGUGCUUUGCAGUCUUCAGAAGCAAGACAGGCGUGCUUGGCAGUCUUUAGAAACUGAUCACCAAAACAAACAGACUCUGUCAACCUUUCAGGUUUCGAGGAAUGAUUUUCAGUUUGAAAAUGAGCUCAGUUGUGUUUCGCUGUCCCAGCCACUUGCUUCACUGGUUUCUCUGUGCAUUCUUGCUAUGCUUCUAAAUGUCUGUACAUUGGCAUGUCUUAUGGGAACAAAAACUGGAUACUUGCAGUACUGAGCUGUACUUGUCAAAUAUUGUGCAAAUAAAGUUUAUGUAUAUUGUACAGUUUCA